CACCGAAACUGUUACCCAGGCAACACUGAAACUGUUACGCAGGCAACAACGGAAUUGUUACCCAGGCAACAUGAAGACAUCUGCUACUAAGCUCUUGCUUUUUGCUCUGUGUCUACUGGGAAGUGUGAUAUGCAUAGCCGGUGUUGGUAUCGAUAGGCACAUUGCUACCCGUACCUUCGUGGAAAAUGGGACCGUGUUGUCAACAUUUACACUGGAAAAGGCCCACGUGAGAACACACUCUGUAGAUCCGGGUUAUGCUAUACAACAGACAGGCCAUCCAAACAUGGUUGACCUAGUUACAACUAAGGAUGUUGCUGUGAACAGCAAGAUAACCAUUAUAGCACUGGUAUACGAUGCAGAUACUCUCUACACCUUUCAACUCAUCUUGAUUUCCCGUGCUGCACCCGUUGUGACACAAGAGAGAUUGUCCGUACCCCUGUCUCGGCUUUUCCUGGAUGGGAUUUCCAUCAGCACAAAUCUAUCCAAGCCGGCAACACUCAUUCGUAACGUGAGUGUGUUGCUUAGCAACCCAGCACUUCAAAAUGUAACAGUUACAGCCAUGGGAAAGGAUGUCAAGAUGAAAUGGGAGCUACCAAGUACUGACCUACAACUGGACAAUCCGUUCACUGUCAACGUCAUUGUUGAGGAUAAUGCUGAAGGACUAAGGUUUCCUGACAGCACUGGCAUGUAUAACAUCACUGCCCUUCGUAAUGGAGUGUCCUCAUCAAAUGUCACCGUCUUUGUGGAAGAACCAAUUUGCCAAAGACCGGUCAUCUCUGACAAUACUGCAAUGAGUAUUAAGGAGUUGCAAGCAAUCGUCAACUCAGCGUCCUACUUACUCGGUAUGGCGUAUGAAUGCUCUCAGGGAUACGUCUUGAAUGGAACAGCCCUGCAGGUAUGCAUUGCUAAUGAAACGUUUCGACCUCCAUCACCACCGUCAUGUGCCGUGGUACAGUGUAACGUGUCCUCGGAAACAGAAUGCAGAGGAUCUACGCCUCCAGAUCCGGCAGUAUCGUUUGACUAUGGAACAAAUGUGUCGCUGUCUUGUCAACCAGAAUUCUAUUUGCUAAAACCUGGUUAUCUAACUUGCAAUGCCAAUGCAACCUCAUCUACCCAUUGCCCAGUCUGUCAACCUAUUCCGUGCAAUACAUCCAGCUUUCCUACACCUGUUAAUGGUCAAAUUGUUAGGGGUCAUCACACAGUCCAGGUAAACAAGUCUCUGCCCAUCACCUGUCACUAUGGUUACACACCAAGCACUACCAACGCAUCAGUGCAAUGUCUUCUUGGAGAGAUUUGGCAGACCACUAAUAUAACAUGUGAAAUUAUCUCAUGUGGACAACCUUCAAACAUCUCCAACGGUAGCUACAAUGGAACGAAUUUUACCUAUAAUUCCACCGUGACCUAUUCCUGUGAUGAUGCGUACGAGAUAGCAGGAGGUCAGACAACUAGGACAUGUGGUGUGAAUGGUGAUGAGGGAAAAUGGGACGGAGAGCUACUGAUCUGUAAAGCGAUUCCUUGCAAGUUGGACGAAUUGAAGACAAAGAUAUCACCAGACAAAUUUGAAAUACAACAGCAGACAGACACAGUGGCUGUUGGUGACAACGUCCCCAUAUCUUGCCAACGUGGUUACAAGUUGUCAUCCAGGACCAAUGUUACGUGUGAAAUCGGCUCUGUUUGGAAGAGUAUCAGUGCCAGUUCAAGGUGUGACGCCAUCACUUGCAACAGUGGCAAGAUUGAGAUUGAGAAUGGCGAGGUUGGACUAGCGCACAACACAUCAGUUGGAUCAAUACGUUCACUGACCUGUGAUUCUGCAUUUGAGAAAUCACCCAGUGCUUACCAGAUCAUGUGUAAUGAAACUGGCUAUUGGUCUACAGUCGUGGAGUGCAGAGCCAAGGGAGCACUGUCCAAUCCAAUCAAUAUCGCUCUGCUCGUCAUCUUCUUGAUCGUUGCACUUUUUGCCGGCGUGCUUGCUUCGAUUCUCACUCACCGAUCUGUCAUAAAGCGUAAUAGUCGCCAAUCACACCUUGUCUCUUACAAGAGCAUGCCGCAACUCAACGUAGUGCAACAGGGGUGCACCGAGACCAGCAUUGACAAUAACACAUCAGACGGUGGUAGAGACGAUGGUCGGCAUAACACUACCAUCACUGGCAAACUGUCAUCUGCUGGAGAGGAUGUAGUUCAAAUGAAUCCCUCUGCCGAUGGGUGACCUGGCGAAGAUUGCCGCUUACUUCAUACCUCAGACCUAGGGGUGGUUAUCUCCUAACCUUGUUAGCAUUUGUUGUUUUGUUUUUGUUUCAGAUUUACAGCCUCUCAUACACAUGUCGUACCCAUGCUAUUGACACGUUGCCUUUUUGGCCUCUACGUGACAAGUCUGCCCUAUUUAGAUGUCUAAUUAUUAAUCUAUCUCCUGUAAACGGUUCAUAAUCAUCUUUAUUC